AUGGUACGCCACUCAGUUUAUACUCCAGUGACAGGAGGACCUAAUUCAAGGUCGAACAAAAUGAUGAAGGAUGAGUCCUCAGUAUAUUCAAUUUGCUUCUUUGCAGUCAAAGGUUUCAAGGUUUUGACAGUUAAGUAUUUGGCCAGGCCCACCACGACAACAAGCCCUCCAACAGAGGCUCCUUCAACACCAGAAGAGGACGUGGAUGAUGAUGAGACCAUGGACAAGACAACCGGUGCUCCCGAAACAACCCAUAGUCACAUUGAAGCAGAAGCGACACUUCAAACGUCCAAGAUGUUAGAUAUGUUGGGUUCUUCCAAUGAAUCUGUGUUGGUUAACAAGAUUAUCACACCAACACCAAGCUACAGGGACAGUUCGAUGAAGCACCCUUCCUCAUUUACUUUACUUGACUUGAUGACAUCAGUCUCCCCUAGUGAUGUGACUCCACCUGGAAAUGUUGGAGUGUCCCAACCCGAGUCACAACCAGAAUACUCUAUCAUGCUGUCCAUUCUGGAACAAGGUGUCAAGUCUACCCAUAUUGAACUCGAACCUACUCCAACUUUAACCAGUGUUAAAGCUACAUCUCAUUUCAACCAAACUACCCCUGCACUGGAAAGUGCAGUCCUGACACCUUCACACUCUUACCAGAUGACCACCCCUGUCGUAACUACAAGUACAAGUGGUGAAUCUAACACAGCGAUAGAGGGAACAACAGAUGCAUCGGAAGUGGCUGGUGAAAUAAGCUCAACUGGUGGUGGUAGUGUAACAACGGUGGCUGCUGGUACCGGCACAAUUCCAACCCCAGGCAGUAGUGGCACAGCUGAAUCAUCUGGUGGAAGUAGUGAAACCUCUGCUUCUGGUGGUAGUGGCACAAGUGCAGCUUCUGGUGAUAGGGGCACAACUACAGCUUCUGGUGAUAGUGGUACAACUACAGCUUCUGGUGAUAGUGGCACAACUACAGCUUCUGGUGAUAGUGGUACAACUGGAGCUUCUGGUGAUAGUGGCACAACUACAGCUUCUGGUGAUAGUGGCACAACUACAGUUUCUGGUGAUAGUGGCACAACUGCAGCUUCUGGUGGUGGUGGCACAAUCACAGCUUCUGGUGAUAGUGGCACAACUACAGUUUCUGGUGAUAGUGGCACAAGUGUAGCUUCUGGUGAUAGUGGCACAACUACAGCUUCUGGUGAUAGGGGCACAACUACAGCUUCUGGUGAUAGUGGCACAACUGGAGCUUCUGGUGAUAGUGGCACAACUACAGCUUCUGGUGAUAGUGGCACAACUACAGUUUCUGGUGAUAGUGGCACAACUACAGCUUCUGGUGGUGGUGGCACAAUCACAGGUUCUGGUGAUAGUGGCACAACUACAGUUUCUGGUGAUAGUGGCACAACUACAGCUUCUGGUGAUAGUGGCACAACUACAGUUUCUGGUGAUAGUGGCACAACUGCAGCUUCUGGUGCUGGUGGCACAAUCACAGCUUCUGGUGAUAGUGGCACAACUACAGUUUCUGGUGAUAGUGGCACAACUGCAGCUUCUGGUGGUGGUGGCACAAUCACAGCUUCUGGUGAUAGUGGCACAACUGCUGCUCCUGGUGAUAGUGGCACAACUACAGUUUCUGGUGAUAGUGGCACAACUGCAGUUUCUGGUGAUAGUGGCACAACUGCAGCUUCUGGUGAUAGUGGCACAACUACAGCUUCUGGUGAUAGUGGCACAACUACAGUUUCUGGUGAUAGUGGUACAACUGGAGCUUCUGGUGGUGGUGGCACAACUACAGCUUCUGGUGAUAGUGGCAUAACUGCAGCUUCUGGUGAUAGUGGCACAACUACAGCUUCUGGUGGUGGUGGCACAAUCACAGCUUCUGGUGAUAGUGGCACAACUGCUGCUCCUGCUGAUAGUGGCACAACUACAGUUUCUGGUGAUAGUGGCACAACUACAGUUUCUGGUGAUAGUGGCACAACUGCAGCUUCUGGUGGUGGUGGCACAACUACAGUUUCUGGUGAUAGUGGCACAACUGCAGCUUCUGGUGGUGAUGGCACAAUCACAGCUUCUGGUGAUAGUGGCACAACUACAGUUUCUGGUGAUACUGGUACAACUGGAGCUUCUGGUGGUGGUGGCACAACUACAGCUUCUGGUGAUAGUGGCAUAACUGCAGCUUCUGUUGAUAGUGGCACAACUACAGCUUCUGGUGAUAGUGGCACAACUACAGCUUCUGGUGAUAGCGGCACAACUACAGCUUCUGGUGAUAGUGCCACAGCUGCACCUUCUGUUGAUAGUGGCACAACUGCAGCUUCUGUUGAUAGUGGCACAACUGCAGCUUCUGUUGAUAGUGGCACAACUACAGCUUCUGGUGAUAGUGGCACAACUACAGCUUCUGGUGAUAGGGGCACAACUACAGCUUCUGGUGAUAGUGGCACAACUGGAGCUUCUGGUGGUGGUGGCACAAUCACAGCUUCUGGUGAUAGUGGCACAACUGCAGCUUCUGCUGGUAGUGGCACAGUCACUGCUUCUGGUGAUGGUGGCACAACCACAUCGUUUGGUGGCAGUGGCACAACUGCAGCUUCCAAUGAUAGGGGCACGAUUGCCGUUUCUGUCAGUUCCAGUGAUGGAGGAUCAACCAGCGUUGCAGUCACAACUAUUAUUGAUAGUGGUGAUACGGACUCCGUCACAACUGCUGUUGAUGGCCAUGCUACAGACUCUGUCACAAUUAUUGAUGCUAGCCAUGAUACAGACCCAGUCACAACUGCUGGAGGUAGCCAUGAUACAGACCCAGUCACAACUGCUGGAGGUAGCCAUGCUACAGACCCAGUCACAAUUGCUGGUGGUAGCCAUGAUACAGACCCAGUCACAACUGCUGGAGGGAGCCAUGAUACAGACCCAGUCACAACUGUUGGUGGUAGUCAUGAUACAGACCCAGUCACAACUGCUGGUGGUAGCCAUGCUACUGACCCAGUCACAACUGCUGGUGGUAGCCAUGCUACAGACCCAGUCAUAACUGUUGGUGAUAGUCGUGAUACAGACCCAGUCACAACUGCUGGUGGUAGUCAUGCUACAGACUCAGUCACAACUGCUGGUGGUAGUCACGAUACAGACCCAGUCACAACUGCUGGUGGUAGCCACGAUACAGACCCAGUCACAACUGCUGGUGGUAGUCAUGAUACAGACCCAGUCACAACUGCUGGUGGUAGUCAUGAUACAGACCCAGUCACAACUGCUGGUGGUAGUCAUGAUACAGACCCAGUCACAACUGCUGGUGGUAGUCACGAUACAGACCCAGUCACAAUUGCUGGUGGUAGUCAUGAUACAGACCCAGUCACAACUGCUGGAGGUAGUCAUGAUACAGAACCAGUCUCAACUGCUGGUGGUAGUCAUGAUACAGACCCAGUCACAAUUGCUGGUGGUAGUCAUGAUACCGACCCAGUCACAACUGCUGGUGGUAGCCAUGAUACAAACCCAGUCACAACUGCUGGAGGUAGCCAUGAUACAGACCCAAUCACAAUUGCUGGUGGUAGUCAUGAUACAGACCCAGUCACAACUGCUGGUGGUAGCCAUGAUAAAGACCCAGUCACAACUGCUGGAGGUAGUCAUGAUACAGACCCACUCACAACUGCUGGUGGUAGUCAUGAUACAGACCCAGUCACAACUGCUGGUGGUAGCCAUGCUGCAGACCCAGUCACAACUGCUGGUGGUAGUCACGAUACUGACCCAGUCACAACUGCUGGAGGUAGCCAUGAUACAGAACCAGUCACAAUUGCUGGUGGUAGUCAUGAUACAGACCCAGUCUCAACUGCUGGUGGUAGUCAUGAUACAGACCCAGUCACAGCUGCUGGUGGUAGUCAUGAUACAGGCCCAGUCACAACUGUUGGUGGUAGUCAUGAUACAGACCCAGUCACAACUGCUGGUGGUAGCCAUGCUACUGACCCAGUCACAACUGCUGGUGGUAGCCAUGCUACAGACCCAGUCACAACUGUUGGUGAUAGUCAUGAUACAGACCCAGUCACAACUGCUGGUGGUAGUCAUGCUACAGACCCAGUCACAACUGCUGGUGGUAGUCAUGAUACAGACCCAGUCACAACUGCUGGUGGUAGUCAUGCUACAGACCCAGUCACAACUGCUGGUGGUAGUCACGAUACAGACCCAGUCACAACUGCUGGUGAUAGUCAUGAUACCGACCCAGUCACAACUGCUGGUGGUAGCCAUGAUACAGAUCCAGUCACAACUGCUGGAGGUAGCCAUGAUACCGACCCAGUCACAACUGCUGGAGGUAGCCAUGAUACCGACCCAGUCACAAUUGCUGGUGGUAGUCAUGAUACAGACCCAGUCACAACUGCUGGAGGUAGCCAUGAUACAGACCCAGUCACAACUGCUGGUGGUAGUCAUGAUACCGACCCAGUCACAACUGCUGGUGGUAGCCAUGCUACCGACCCAGUCACAACUGCUGGAGGUAGCCAUGAUACAGACCCAGUCACAACUGCUGUUGUCACUACUGCAACUAGUACCACCGUUGCCACUGAUGUCUCCACUGUUAAUCCUGACAACAUUGCUUUAUAA